CGUUCUUUGUGGUCAGACACUGGCGUAUACGUAUACGCAACGUCAUCGUUUGUCUGGCAUCGCUUCGAAAAGCGAGAAUUCUGCAUACCGGUUGCGUUUACCAAAUAAAAAUACAAAAACAAAAAGAAAAAAAAAGAAACGGUCUUACAUAUAUCGGUUUCGUCGUCCCCGCACGCACGUAAUUCGAGUCAUUUUCCGUUAAAAUUGAAAUUCAAAAACAUAAUACCCCCCACUCCAGAUAAGCAAAUAAGGUACAACAUAUUGGUAUUCUUAUAUUCACAAUUGUCGUGUGCGCUUGCAUUCUCGAGAACGGGUUUUACGGCAUUCCCAAUAAAUUCUGCACUGGCCACUUUUUAUGUUCGUGACGAAAGUGAAGUUCUACCCGAUCAUAAUCUAAGCAUUUCCGUUUCGAAAGUGGGGAAAGAAAAUAAACGGUGAUUUGCAAAUAAAGCGGCUUAAAGCAGAACUGACAAAAAAGUUAUUUAAUAUUCAUAUCCGACGAAGGGAACAAAAAAAUCGUCCACAGACUAACAUAGCAACAAGUCGGCGCCAACUCUCAUUCAAAUAAACCAUAAAAAAACCACAAGCAAAUCCAAACUUAAACAACGCUGUGUUUAUUAACAUUCAGCUGAGAGCAUUGGAUAGGUAGAAAAGCCUCGUCUUCCGAGAAUUGGCAGUUAAUUUUUGAAAUCACCUCCGACCAAGCGAACCCCUAAAAAAAGAUUAAGAAGAGAAAAGAACCGAAGACGAACCGAGACCUGUUAAAUACCCGUAGGUGUUGUACGUGUGUGUGUGUGUGUCAGUGUGAGUGUGAUAACUGUGAAACUAUAUACCCACAAGGCAGGAAGAAUAAAAAAAUCUGAUACACCGCAGAAACAGCGCGAAUUGGCAGUGAAUGGACCGAUUUCAUAAUAAAACGUAAAAGCAAUACGGCCAAUACGGGAAGAAUCCAACUGACGCAAUUCAAUUUGCCAGCAUCGGCAACCGCAAACUCAUAAAUUGAGAUUAAGCAAGAGCUGAAGAGCUGAAGAGAAGGGGACGGGGGUCAGAGGGUUUUGGCCAACAGCAACAGCAAUAGCAAAUCAAUCAGAGAGCGCUCGUCGCCCCACCACAAUUUGCAUGAGCCAACUCGGAGGCAGCCAGAAUCAGCCGACACAGAUUCAGACUCAGAGCCACCAUAGCCAUCAUAGCCAACCCGGCCAAAAUCAGCAGCCAAAGCGUCGGCCAAGUGGCGUUUUAUGGCAAUUGCGCCAUCAGCUGCACAAGCGUAGCACGAGGAAGAUGAAAACCAUUUCAUGAUACUACAAGUGGUCCGAAUCGGUGCUAUUGAACUAUCUGAGAAUGCCGUCGACGCCGUACGAUCUGGUGCAGGAUGACCAGGAUCUGCGGGUACCACUCCACGCCGAGCAGGCCUUCUUCCACGGCAUCACAUUUCAGGCCAAGUUUGUUGGCUGGGAGGAGGUGCCGCGACCCAAUACUCGAGCCGAAAUCGUCCAGGCCAUGCGACGCAUAAGGUACGAGUGCAAAGUGCAGAAUCUGAAGAAGCGAAAAGUCACCAUCCACAUAUCGGUAAAUGGCGUACGCGUAGUGCUCAAAAAGCGUCGUCGAAAAAAAAAAAACUGGACCAAUGACCCCGAGGAAAUCGAGUUGCUCAAUCAUCCCAUCUAUAGAAUAUUCUACGUGUCCCACGACAGCAGCGAUCUCAAGAUAUUCAGCUACAUAGCGCGCGAUGCCAGCACGGAUACGUUCAAGUGUUCCGUCUUCAAAAGUCACAAAAAGUCUCAGGCCAUGCGCAUCGUUCGCACCGUGGGACAAGCCUUUGAAGUGUGCCACAAAUUUAAUCUUCAUAAGAAUUCCCUGGAACCCAAUGACGAACGCUCCGACAUAUCCUCCUCGGAGCUGCUGGACGUGGAGCAGAUCAGCGAACAGCAGCUCAGCGAAGAUGGCGAACGUGGUGGCGUUGGCGACAACGAGACGCCCAAGAAAGAGCACUUGGCCAUAACGCCCGAUCUGAGCCACACGCAGCCGCAGAGACCGAGCCACUUGGAGCUAAUGCCAUCGCAUUCGAGUCUACGCAAAUCGAACAGCCUGCUGUGCGAUGUGGACGACAAGUCGCCAGGCUCUCCCUCUUCGCCGCGUUCUGAGAUCACCCAGCUGAAGGAUCAGCUGGAGGCACAGGCUCUGCAAACGCGCCAGGCUCUGGGUCAACUGAUGAUGGUGCGGGAGCAGCUCAUUUCGGAGACCAAUGCGCGCAUCGAGGCGCAGGCGCGCACCCAACAACUGCUGCAGCAGAACCGGGAGCUCCUGGAGCACCUGGCCUCCUUGGGGGCCUACAACGAGCAGCAGAGUGCCGGACUCACGUCGGCCAACAUCGGAAUGGCGCCGCAGCAAUCGCAGCUGCAACUGCUGCUGCAGGCCACCAGCAACAACAACAACCUGGCCACGAUCAAUCAGCAGAUCAGCAAUCUGGGCAACAUUAAUCAGCAGUUGACCUCGCUGAGUCACCAGUUGAGUGGUCUGAAUCAGCAGAGCCAGCACCUCCAGAAUUUGCAACAGCAACAGCAGCAACAACAAACGCCGGCGGUACCGAAUCCAGCCACGCCCCCUCCCGUGGCGGGCGGCAGUAGUCCGUAUCCGUCGAUGAGUGCGUUGCAAACCAUCAGCAAUCAGUUGCAGCAACAGCAGCAGCAACAGCAACAGGAUGCUUUGUCCAAGGAUCUGUUUCAAGUGAACCAGGAGCUGCUGAACCGCCUGCAGUCCCUGAAUUUAAAUGCUAAUCCUGGACAGGGACAGCCAACGCCCUCGGCCUCGCCGCACAACUCCUUCUUCUAUGUGAAUCCCCUGUCCUGCACUCCAGCCACGCCCAACAACAAUGCUGGUGGAGCUGGAGGUUUCAAUUUCCUCACCUCACCUGCGGCAACGGGUGCACUGACGCCCUCUCCUUUGGGCACCAUGAAUCGCAACUCCUUUGCCGGCAGUUCGUCCUUGAACGAGGACAUUCGCCUGAGCAUCGAGCAGAAUCUGAACAAUUUGGAGGAGCAGCUGAAGGCAGCGGUCUCGAAUGGCAAUUUGGCUGGCCUGGCCUGUGGGGGAUCCACCAGUACAAGGGAUACCAGUCGGAGUUCCUCCACCCUGGACUCGCCCUCCUCGCCACGUUUGAGGAGCAGCAAUAACAACAUAAGUCCCGGGAGCAGCAAUGGCCACCAGAGCCACAACAAUAAUAGCAACAGCAACAGCAGCAGCAGUCGGGAGACGCGAUUCAAUACGGUUUUGUUGAGGGUCACCGACGAGGCGGGUCACCAGCGGAAGCUAUCGGCCACGCCCAGUUUUAUCACAAGGAGCACCAGCGAGAAGGUGCCCAAUCGCAGCCAGAUGAUGAGCCAGGUGCAGAGGACCACCUGGGCCAGGCACACCACCAAAUGAGAGGAGUUCAAAUCUCCCAGUGGACCAGGUCAUAGAGAUAGUGAGCGUGAGGAUCGAGUGAAUGAGUGGGUGGAACAGUAUUAAUUUAGGAGAAAAAAACCCUACUUUAGUUAUGCAUUUUAGGUGUCCUAGCAUUGCUGGCGUUUAAUGUGCCAAUUAUUUGCCCAGCUCAAACCCUAUUUAAGUGUAAAAUAUAUCUAUUUAGCAUUAUUUAUCUAGCUCAAAGUGUGCCAAAGUCAAAGUUUAUAACCCUUUGAUGUUGGGUUAGCUUCAGCAGCCAGCAGCAAACCUUAAGUAAAAGUAUUUGUGAAACAUAAUCUUAGCAUAUCAGCAACGAAGAAACUUACUCAAGUUCACAAUAAUCGUUUGAAAGUAUUUUCUCUCCCCUAAAUGAAAUCUAUAUCUAUACACCUAGUGUUUAAGCUAAUGAGUCUAGUCUAAAACUGGUUAAGUUCGAUACUGUUAUUUUUGUAAAUUGUUGUAUUUUAAUUCAAUUUAUGCGUGACCCGCAUAGGCUUUCCCCGCAAAAGAGCAAUAAUUAUGUGAAAUGAAUUAAUUAGUUGCCAGGUCACAGAGUUAUUUGUAAAUUACAAUUUCAAAUAUUCGUUUGAAUAUGGAAUACAGGCAGCAAAAAUGAACGGCAGACAACAGAAAUAAUAAUAAAAAUCGCAUAAUUAUGUAAAA